AUGACUAUUACAACCAUCCCAAUUUGGCUGGAUUGUGAUCCCGGUCAUGAUGACGCUGUGGCUUUAUUAUUGGCAUGUUUUCAUCCAGCUUUUGAUCUAAGAGGUGUAAGUGCAUGUUAUGGGAAUGCAUCCCCUGACCAUACAGAUUAUAAUGCUCGGUCGUUACUGACGGCGAUGGGUAAAUCAGGUAAGAUCCCAGUGUACAGGGGUGCUCAGAGACCAUGGGUACGGUCUCCUCAUUAUGCACCUGAUAUUCAUGGAGAAUCAGGGUUAGAUGGAACAGAUUUAUUACCAAAACCAACAUGUGAGGAUAUGAUGGAUGUAGAUUAUGUGGAGGCUAUCAGAAGGGAAAUAAAUGCUUAUGACGGUCAACUGACAGUAUUAUCAACAGGUGCAAUGACUAGUAUUGCUAAUGUAAUGAAAUUACACCCUGAAUUAAGAUCAAAAAUUAGAUAUAUUAGUAUUAUGGGAGGUGGUAUUGGUAUUGGAAACGUUAAUCAAAAUUUAAGUGCAGAGUUUAAUGCAUGGAUAGAUCCUCAUGCAGCAAAUUUUUUAUUUCAUGAUCCUAUAUUAAAAUCAAAAAUUAUUUUAUGUCCAUUAAAUUUAACUCAUACAGCUAUAGCUAAACAACAUAUUAUUGAUAAGAUUAUUCAAAAGGGUAAAAAUAGUCAUCCCACAAAUUUUAGAAAAAUGUUCUAUGGAUUAUUUCAAUUUUUCCAAAAGUCUUAUAAAGAUCAUCAAGGAUUUAAAGAUGGGCCACCUAUUCAUGAUCCUAUGACGUUAUAUCCAUUAUUUGAAUUGUAUGGAUUGGAAUCGAAUGACAUCGUACAGUUUCAAUAUAAGAGACUUGAUCUGGAUGUCAUUGAUGAUCUCGGUAGCCCAGAUGUAGGAAAAAUUAUUGUCAAGGAGACUUAUGCAUUGGAUGAUAUAAACCCAAGGGGCACAAUGGUUGGGUUUCAAAUAAAUAUAGAAUUUUAUUGGGAUCAAUUCUUUUUUUGUCUAGCAGAAGGGGAGAAACACUCCACCAUAGAAUUAUGA